AUGGAGGCCACGUGCAUGUCAACCAGGGCACGCCUCAAGGUUUUGCGCAUGGGCUCAAUUAUUCAGGCGGAUUCUUCGUUGCUCGCUUUGCUCAUCAAUGGGGCUCGGCUUGUGAGCUCCUCCCGCACGAAGGCCAGCCUGGCCGGCGCUUGGGUUGCAAAGGAGAGCGAUUUCGCGACCUGUGAUGCCUACGCAGGGCCAGAAAUUGCCAUGGUGGACGACGACGGCCCUCUCUGGGUGCAGGCGUUUGUGAUUGGAAAAACUUGGGACUUGAAGACCCCGGCGGGUCACAAGACUUACCGGUGCAUCCGCACAGAGGAGGGGCACGUGUGCACGCACGCGUUGCUCCGAAUCUGGCCCGACAGUUCGAACGGGAAUUUGGGCGCAAGGCUUCGGGAGUAUCACUAUCGACCGCCUGGUGGGCUACCGGACAUGGACACUGAGCAGUUCGCUCAAGAUAUGAGGUCCUCAUUGGUGGCCCGGUGUUCAGAUGGGAUAUGA